AAGUAAUCCGUUUUCUAGAAUAAAUUGCACGGGAUAUCAUCUAUCCAUUCCCAUUUCUUCAUCUCUAAAUGUGUUGUGACACAUAUACCGCCAACUUCUUGGUGUUAACUUGGUGAUGCGAAAGAGGAACCUGUUGAAACCACCAAGCAAACACUAUCCAUUCGCCAAAGGGGUGACCUAUGGAAGUGGAGCGCGUCUCCCCAUUUGGUACAUCAUAAUUUCCCCAGGCGAAUGUCAUCAUGCGCAAGAAGCGGAGGUCUCCAACGGCGUGGUAGCUGUAGUACUGAGGGUGAUUUUUCGUAGCAGUACGAGACGAGAUCUCGUUGCCACAGGUACUACGUAGGUCAUCUGUGUGCUCGAGAUGUUAGUGAUGUGGCUCAGUUAAAUUUUUUGGGCACUUUCGGGAAUUUCAUCCGGACAUCAUCCGGGGGAUUGCUUCACUUUACACAGUGAUUCGACACAUUUCAGCACGAUUCUAUCCAUCCCGGACAGAUUUCUUUUUCUGACCACACACUUUUUGUCCGCCAAGUGAGACAAGAGUGCCACCAAAUCAAUCUCGUUAAAAUGGAUUGACACACUUUACACCAUGAAAACCCAAAAGUAAAUACUGGCCUCUGAGAUGCAGUCCACAGAUCCAGGAGGGGCCAACGCCAACCAACAAUCUGCAAACGCUCUGCCGCAUCCACAAUCAACGGCUUCGGCCGUGGGUGGUGGAGGUGGCGGAAGCAGUCCCGGUGCCAGAAAUGGAGGACUCUUUGGAACAGCAAAAACAUGGAUGGAUCGCUGGCGUGGCUCGAGGCGUCUCGUCCUCAUCAUUGUGGCGAUUGCACUCCUCCUCGACAAUAUGCUUCUUACCACAGUCGUUCCCAUCAUACCGGAAUUCCUAUAUGACAUCCGACACCCGGACGCACCUCUGGCUAGCCUGCCGAAGUUACCACCACCCACAACACCAGUACCACCAUGUGGACAGACGACGACACCCUGGGACGGUAUUCAGGAGACUACACCCGGCUUUGACAAUGCCAGCUUCUAUGCGGAGCUUGAGGAAAGACACAAAGAGCUUGUCGGAGAAACCGUUGAGGUGGGCCUAAUGUUCGCAUCGAAAGCCUUCGUACAGCUUCUUGCAAAUCCCUUUGUUGGACCACUCACACACAAAAUAGGCUACAGUAUACCAAUGUUUGCAGGAUUUGUGAUUAUGUUCAUUUCUACAAUAAUUUUCGCCUUUGGACGAUCGUACAGUGUUUUAUUUCUUGCCCGAGCCCUCCAAGGUAUCGGUUCAUCGUGCUCCUCAGUAUCAGGCAUGGGUAUGCUGGCGGAAAGAUAUACGAAUGACAAGGAACGUGGAAAUGCCAUGGGAAUAGCCCUAGGUGGUUUAGCAUUGGGCGUUCUCAUUGGUCCACCAUUUGGUGGAGUGAUGUAUGAGUUUGUCGGAAAAUCUGCGCCCUUUAUCAUUUUAGCAGCCCUUGCCCUUGGAGACGGUGUCCUUCAGCUUCUUAUGCUACAGCCCUCGAUUGUUCUCACGGAAUCUGAUCCACCUUCCCUCAAAGCACUCGUAUGCGAUCCCUACAUUAUCAUUGCAGCUGGCGCUAUUACAUUCGCCAACAUGGGUAUCGCAAUGCUGGAACCAUCCCUGCCCAUCUGGAUGAUGGAUAAUAUGGGUGCGAGUAAAUGGGAGCAAGGAGUCACAUUCUUACCAGCUUCUAUUAGUUAUUUAAUUGGGACAAAUGUAUUUGGCCCAUUAGGGCACAAAAUUGGAAGAUGGCGAGCAGCACUUCUUGGGCUUAUGAUCAUUGGACUCUGUCUCCUCUGUGUUCCCAUGGCCACAUCCAUCAACCAUUUGAUCCUGCCAAAUGCCGGCUUGGGCUUUGCAAUUGGAAUGGUGGACUCCUGCAUGAUGCCCGAAUUGGGCUAUCUUGUGGACAUCCGGCAUUCAGCUGUCUACGGAAGUGUCUAUGCCCUAGGUGAUGUGGCUUUCUGUGUAGGAUUCGCCGUUGGCCCUGCCCUCAGUGGUACUCUGGUUAACACAAUUGGUUUCGAGUGGAUGCUGGUCGGGAUGGCAGUAAUUUGCUUCGCGUACGCGCCGUUGCUCACAUUCCUGCGAGCUCCGCCGACGCGAGAAGAAAAGAAGUUACUAAUCACGGGAGAUCGUUCAUCUGUGCGGUACGUAACGUACCAAAAUGACGAUGAUGAUGAAUAGAACUUCAAGAAUCACCAACAUCUUUCUCCUCAAGACCAACAAAAUUGCUAUUUAAUAAAAUAUAAAUUGUAUGCAGCACAUGACCAAAAAAGAAUUCGACCAAGAUUAACACAGAACAAUAACAUUUUAUUCACUUGUUGAACUCCGCACCCAAAUUGAUGUUUAAGGAUGUUUUAUUCCGACAGGAAUACAUUUUUUCUGGAUAAUUUACAUAGGAGACAAAUAUAUUUAUAUAUACACUAAUGUGAAAAUGGUGAAAAUCAAUAAAUAGAAAACAAAUAGUGAAAGCAUAUAGAGAUAUUCUUAUCUAACAAAAGAAAAACCUAAACCUGGUAAGCGCCUGCCGAUUGUACUAUGUAUGCAAAUAUCAAACUUCAAGGUAAAAUAACUUUCCUUUUUUUCCAUAAUAUACUUGUGGCCUAUUUAAGAAGCCAGCAAAAUAAAUAAAAAUCUAGAAAAUUUCCUUAUUUAAUAAAGAAAAAUCUAUAUAAUUCAAAAAACAAAAUAUUUAAAUAUUUACUCCCUGCAUCUAAGCAAAGUCAAUCAUUUCGGGGGUAGAAUAAUCACUUUAGAGAACCUUUAAAAAUGCUCUUUUUUGUUAUAAAAAAAUCUAUACACAACAGAUGCCCUAAUAGAACAUUCCUGCCUCAAUCUCUUGUACUCCACAAGGGUAAGAUUUUCAUAAAAUAGUGGAUUAGGAUUAAUUUAUCGUGGCAAUUUGUUGCAUCGACAACUCAUUACUUUAACUCUCAAAUGGUUCUUUUAUCCCCGAAAUGGCGCAAUUUGUUGCUAUGGACUUUUUUCCACAAAAAGGAAAGAUAUGUAGCGAAGAAAAGAAAAGUCAACCGACAUGCCAUAGCAAUAAAAUUUGCAUUCAAUUAGGAAGUAUCUUAAAGAAGAAAAAACUUUCAAGAAUCCACUAUUUGAAAAAAAUAUUCUAUAUUUAAUGUUGAAAAAAAAAUCAUGAAAAAAAGAUUAUCAAAAAAAGGAGCUUAAAUGGAAAAUGCCGUUGUAUUGGAUAUGCUUUCUUGUAGAUGUGUAAAGACAAAAAAAAAACAAUGAAGUAAUAAGAAAAUGAAGAGAAUCUGACCUUAUAUGGGAAUUUUAAGAAAAAAAAAUAACUAAUACUAAAACAAAAUAAAUAAAAAUUACAUAUAAAUAACAAAAAAAGAGAGAAAUACUCAAUGUCUUGUUAAAAUUUUAACAUAAAGGAAAUUCUGUGUAGAACUUGAGUAAGUAAUAUUGAAUAAGAAUUUAAUUUAGUUAAAAAAAAAUCAUUUUUUGUUCGUGUUCUCACACGCAAAUUGACUAAUUUUAAAUAGAAGGAAUGGGAAUUUGAAUGGCUGCAAAUUUUCAUAAAUUUCUCGAAAUCGGGGCAAAAGAAUAAAAGUUAAUAUUCAACAAAGAAAAAUAAAUAAAACAAUGAAUUUCGAGAAAUUUUCUGUCUAAGAUUACUCAAUUUCAAAAUGAUGAUAAAAAAUGUCUUAUUUCGAAGAUUGCUCAUCAACUCGAAUGACUUCUUCAAAGGCCAUCUAAUACAUAUUUCACAUAAAAAAAUAACAAGAAUAUCUAAAAGAUAUUACUUUUGUGUAAAAAAAACUCAUACUUAAUAUUGAAAGUGUUUUUGACCAAAAAAAAUAUUUAGAUAAAAAAGAUGAUAUAUAUUGCAAUAGAACUCUAAUCUUAUAUACAAAUGUACGGGUUUUUUGGUAGACUUAUUAUGACAUUGUCCUGAUUCCAAAAUAUUAUACAAAACUAUUUUAUUGAAAAAUAUUUAUCUUACAAAAAAGUGGAUAAUACUUACAAAUAUUGUAUACUCAAUGUCUACAGAAAAAAAUUGUUCUUAACUGUAAAAGUGAAUAUUUUGUGUUUUAGUGAUAUUUAAGAAUAAUAUUCAAAAGAAAAAAAAAGAAAAACCUUUGUGAGCGAACUUUUUGGAAGGAUAUACUGCUACAUAUUAGGCUAUCAAAAGGACACAAUGUAAAACCCCCAGAACUUUAAUAUUGUUGUAAAGAAAAUGAUAUACAAAUGGGAUUGAGCUCCAAAUAUGGCAAACUUAUACACAAAAGAAGAAAAAAAAACUUUUAAAAUAUCUACAAUACUAACUAAUAUUGCUUAAAGCCAUUUUGCUGAAGUAUCGCAUUAAUAGCUUUAAUUUGUGUGUACUUAUUGAUAGUAGGAUGAUAAAAUCAAAAUGAAAAAAAAGAAAAUAACAAUAUUAACGGCAACAAUAACAUACUAAUAAACAAUAAAUGUUUUGAAAAUUUAUUUAUUCUAAUAUUUAUGUAGAUGAGAUAGAGAAAGAAAGUAAAUGUAGAUCAAACCAAAAAAAAGUGUAUGAUAUGACGGUAAUGUAUUUAUAGUAAUAAAUAUAUUUAAUGAAAAAUAUUUGCUGAGAAAAAUGUUCCCAAAACGAUUGCAGAAGAGAGUUGCUAAGACAUCGAUUUAAAGUGUUACUAAAUACCAAAACCAAAAUAAGAAUACAUAAAAAUCAGAUAUGUUUUGAAUGCUUCAUUAUUAUGUUGUUUAUUCAACUUUUAUUUGCUCACAUAAUUAUGGUCAUUGAGAAUUGCUGACUCAAUCAAAAAAUGAUGAUGAUUAUAUAACAACAUAAAUUGCGUUGUACAGAGGAUCACAAUCAAGCAUAAAUUUAUCAUAUAUAACUUUAUUGAAUCAAAAAAAAUCCAAGAAUGAUUGUAAAUUAAUCAGGAUUGAGGUCUAAAAAACCAAAAAAAAUGAAUGGCUAAACAUAUUUAAACAAUGCAUGACCAAUUGAUCUUAUUCGUAAAAUAAAUGUUGCAUCUAAUUUUAUAAAAGAACAGAGUAAAAAAAAAUACUUUCCAAUUUUUAAUUUUAUUAUCAUGAAAAAGGAAUUUGGGACAUUUCGUUCCGUCUUUAUUGUGAACUAGACAAUACAAUUUAUAAUCAGAACCAAAACAUUUUUAAUUCAUAUUUAAAAAAAAACUAAAUACAUUUUUUGCUGAGAAUGGAAAACAUAACGUAAAUUGAGAGUAUAGAAAAAAACAGAGUUGAUAUUUAUAUUAGAAGCAUAAACAUAAGAUUAACCCAUAAUACUUAAUGCUCUUCUUGAGAUUAUUGCAUUUAAAUUUAAAACAAAAAAUAGUAGUGAAAAAUAGUUGCGAAAGAUUUGAACAUUUUGUUCAUAAGUUAGGCUGGUUCGGGGUCAAAACAAUGGAAUUAUUAUUUAAGUGAUGAAAUGCAAGUUAAGAAGAAAAAAACAAAUAUCUAUAUAGCUCGAGUAUUUAGUACGCUUAUUAAUAAAACUUGCAGUUAUUGAAAAAUUUUUCCAAAGAAAUAUUUGUUGAAAUAUUAUAUAAAUGUGUGUUUAGCUAAAUAGUACUGGCGAGGAAGAAAAAAAAUCAAGUAAAGAGGAAAGUGAGGAAACCAGUAGAUUGAAUCUUAAAAGUAAAUGUUUAGAAGCUUCUUAAUGACUAAAGAAAAAUAAUAAAAAUGCCAAAAAAUAAAGCGUAGUGAUGUUAUAAAAAAUAUAUAUAGGAUAUUUGUCUAUAAAGCAAAACUUACGAAUAUUAAAAAAAAAAACUAAGGAUGAUCAAAUUAAAAUCUUAUGAAUGAAAUCUUCAUACAAAUCUUGACAAAUUCAGUGUUUUCUGUGACCAAAUCUAACGUUUCUAAUAUUCUAAUAAUAAUAAUAAUAAUAAUAAUAAAUAGUAAACAAUGUGAAAGUAUAUUCAUAUAUUGUAAUAGCAAUGUGUAUGUACAAUUUUAAAGAGGAGCACAAAUAAAGUUGUUGGUGAAAACGUAAAA